UCGCCGUGUCGGAACACAUCUCUCUCGCUCUCUUUCUCGUUUAUCGCAGCGAGAGACUGUAGGGGGCAGUGCCAAUUCCCACCACUCGCGUGUAAUCUUCCUUUCUUCUUCUUUAUUACCCCUUCUCCAUUAAUGUUUGGGACUCUUGCUUCUGGCGAAAUCGAAACUCCCAGAUUGAGGCGUAAUUUGGGGAUUACGUGCAAUUUAGGGUUUUCCUGCGGUGGAUUUGAAGACCUGGGUAUGAGAUUCGAAGGGGAAAACACGGUGCCAAAGGGGGGUGACGGUGACGGUGACGGUGACGGUGACGGAGACGGAGAAGUGGUGACUGAAACGGCGCCGUUUCAGAUUCAACAACCGUUUCAGCAGCAGGUGCAGAAACUCGUUGUGGGCUACGCUCUGACUUCCAAGAAGAAGAAGAGUUUCUUGCAGCCCAAGCUUGAGGUCCUAGCUAGGAGAAAAGGCAUUUGCUUUGUCGCUAUCGAUUUGAACCGUCCGCUUUCUGAACAAGGCCCAUUUGAUGUCGUUUUGCAUAAGUUGCUGGGAAAAGAGUGGCAAGAGGUUAUUGAGGAGUAUCAGCAAAAACACCCAGAAGUGACUGUACUUGAUCCUCCAGGUGCAAUAAAGCGUAUAUAUAAUCGACAAUCUAUGCUUCAGGGUAUGGCAGACUUAAAUCUGUCAGAUCGCAGUGGCAGCAUUUUUGUUCCAAAGCAAAUGGUUGUCUUGAAAGAUUCAGGAUCUAGUGCCGAUAAAGUUGCGGAAGCUGGUCUUAAAUUUCCACUAGUUGCAAAGCCACUCUGGAUCGAUGGAACUGCAAAGUCACAUCAAUUGUUCCUAGCUUAUGACAGGCGCUCGCUUGCACAACUUGAUCCGCCUUUGGUCCUGCAAGAGUUUGUUAAUCAUGGUGGAGUUCUGUUCAAGGUUUUUGUGGUGGGUGAUGUAAUAAAAGUGGUGAGACGGUUUUCUCUACCAAAUGUGAGUAAUUGUGAAAAGGGCAAAGGUGAUGGAGUCUUCCAGUUCCCAAGGGUUUCAUCAGCUGCUGCUUCAGCUGAUAACGCAGACUUGGACCCUCGUGUUGCUGAGCUUCCUCCAAAGCCUUUCCUCGAGGCCCUUGUGAAAGAGCUACGAAGCUUAUUGGGACUUCGGCUUUUCAACAUGGACAUGAUCAGGGAACAUGGGAGCAAAAACGUGUUUUAUGUUAUUGACAUCAAUUAUUUUCCUGGCAAGUGGUUUUUGUGUAGUUUGAAUAUGAGAAGAAGAUACAUGAACGCAAGUUACGGAAAGAUGCCAGAUUACGAGCAAAUUUCUUCCACAAUCUGGCGCAAGCCAAAAUUAAGAAGAGACAUUGUAAAUGAAAAAUUUGGGAGAUGUUCUAAAGGAAAGGUCUCAUCAAUGUCUCUCCUCCUGCGAACUUUGCCUCUUCGACCUGCUUCGUUUUCUUCUCUUUUCCUCUCCGCCACCGCCAUAUCAGCCUCUAACGCCGCCGCUAUCUUCUUCGUACCCAAACGGAGAAACCCACUUCCCGGAACCCGAAGAACCUUCUCCAAUUCCGUAGCCGAGGCUGCCUCCGGCGACGCCGUAGUGAAGCCGGUUACAUCCCCUCCGUCUGUUCUUCGGUGGGUAUCGCGCUCAGAGCUAUGCGGCGAAUUAUCAGUCGACGAUGUUGGUAAAAGGGUCCACCUUUGCGGGUGGGUCGCCCUUCACCGAGUCCAUGGAGGCCUCACUUUCCUUAAUCUUAGAGAUCAUACCGGCAUUGUCCAGGUUAGGACUCUUCCGGAUGAGUUUCCUGAGGCGCAUGGUUUGAUCAAUGACAUGAGGCUUGAGUACGUUGUUUCGGUGGAAGGUACUGUUCGCAGUAGGCCAAAUGAGUCCGUCAACAAGAAAAUGAAAACUGGAGUCGUAGAGGUAGUUGCAGAGCAUGUUGAAAUAUUGAAUCCUGUGAGGUCAAAGCUUCCCUUCCUAGUUACUACUUCAGACGAGACAAAAGAUUCAAUCAAAGAAGAAAUUCGCUUAAGAUUUCGAUGUCUUGAUCUACGGCGUCAGCAAAUGAAGAAUAAUAUUGUUCUUCGCCAUAAUGUGGUGAAGCUGAUUAGGAGGUAUUUAGAAGACAGACAUGGGUUCAUUGAGAUUGAAACUCCAAUACUCUCUAGAUCUACUCCAGAAGGCGCACGAGAUUAUCUGGUUCCCUCAAGAAUUCAGUCAGGAACAUUCUAUGCUUUGCCACAAAGUCCGCAGCUCUUCAAACAAAUGUUAAUGGUCUCUGGUUUUGACAAAUAUUACCAGAUAGCAAGGUGUUUUAGAGAUGAAGAUCUAAGAGCUGAUAGGCAGCCUGAAUUCACUCAGCUUGAUAUGGAAAUGGCUUUCAUGCCUAUGGAAGACAUGCUAAAGCUGAAUGAAGAUCUUAUUCGUAAGGUCUUUUCAGAGAUCAAAGGUAUCCAGCUACCUGAUCCAUUCCCAAGGCUGACGUAUGCUGAUGCAAUGGAUCGAUAUGGCUCAGAUAGACCAGAUACAAGAUUUGAUCUUGAGUUGAAAGACGUGUCAAAUAUUUUCACAGAAUCGUCCUUCAGGGUUUUUACUGAGGCCCUUGAAAGUGGUGGAAUCAUUAAGGUAUUAUGUGUGCCUAUGGGUGCUAAAAAGUAUUCAAACUCAGCUCUCAAAAAAGGAGAUAUUUACACUGAAGCAAUAAAAUCUGGCGCAAAGGGUCUGCCUUUCUUGAAGGUCUUGGAUAAUGGCGAAGUCGAGGGCAUUGCAGCAUUAGUUUCUAGUUUAGAUUCAGCGGCUAAAACAAACUUGGUGAGACAAUGUGGAGCAGAGCCUGGUGAUCUUAUUUUAUUUGGAGUGGGUCCUGUUACUUCUGUUAACAAAACCCUAGACAGGUUAAGGCUCUUUGUAGCCCAUGACAUGGAUUUGAUUGACCAGUCCAAGCACUCCAUUCUGUGGGUAACAGAUUUCCCAAUGUUUGAGUGGAAUGAACCAGAGCAGAGGCUUGAGGCAUUACAUCAUCCAUUCACAGCUCCUAGGCCUGAAGAUAUGGAUGACUUAACUUCUGCGCGAGCUCUCGCCUACGACAUGGUCUAUAAUGGGGUCGAGAUUGGAGGAGGAAGUUUAAGGAUAUAUAAGCGAGACGUCCAAGAAAAGGUUUUGGAAAUCAUUGGAAUCUCAGCUGAAGAGGCUGAAGCAAAGUUUGGCUAUCUUCUUGAGGCUCUUGACAUGGGAGCUCCUCCUCAUGGGGGAAUUGCUUACGGAUUGGAUAGGAUGGUGAUGAUGCUGGGAGGUGCAAGUUCCAUAAGGGAUGUAAUAGCUUUCCCAAAGACAACCACGGCGCAGUGUGCCCUAACCAGAACUCCCUCGGAAGUCGAUCCAAGGCAGCUCCAAGAUCUCUCCAUCUGCACCAAA